AAUUGUGCAGGAAAGAAUCAACAACGGAGAGAGCUCCAUUGUUGUCUCACGUCUGUGUGAGCUUUGGCUCUUUGUAUUCGUCUCUGUUCUUGCCUCGCUCAAGCACCGAUCAGAGGAAUUACUCAACGAUCCAACACCUUUUUCUUUUUACUGCUACAGAAUUUGAUGUUCGGAUUUUGAUCUUUGAAUUUCUACACCUUAUUCUUCGUUGUUUCAUCAUCUUUGCUCUGUUUUUUCUCCCACAAAUGUUAGAUGCAAAUCGCUUCGAUUUGUGGAAGAAGGAUGGGCUCUUUUCUGCCGCUGAGCAAGUCCAAGAAUCCGCCGAUACAAUGGAGUUUGCAUUCAGGACAUGGGUAAGAGAGAAACGGGAGUGGCUAAAUUCAGAUGAUUUGGAUGAACUCCGUCGGGAGGUACAAACGGCUCUUGGCACAGCCAAAUGGCAGCUGGAAGAGUUUGAGAAAGCUGUCGGAGUUAGCUAUCGUUCUAGAAGUGAAGAACAUGCGUUGGAACGACAUAGAAUGUUUAUUGCAGCCAUUGGAAAUCAAAUUUCCCAUGUUGAAGCUGUUUUAAGAGAAUCUUAUGACAAAGUUGGCAAGCGGCCUCUUCGAUGGGUAAAUCUAAAUAAAGAAGAAUGUAAUGAUUUGGCUGCAUUUCUCUCUGGAAUAUCCCAAGUACCACAUAGUGCGAAAACCGAAUCCUCUGUGUGUAGGUCUUCAGCAAAAAGUUAUACGUUUGAGACACGUGAACGAGCAACGGAAGAAAUUAAUCGUACUUCUUCCUGCAGCUCGAGUAAUUCCUUUAAAAUGAAGGGUGGAAAAUUUGCUAAUUCUGUAGAUAUGAAAGAAAGUCUUGGUAGAGUAGAUGAUGCACUAUGCAAAAUGGAUACAACGACGAAGGCAAGACGAGCAAGCCCACCGACUGCUCCUGACCUGCAAAUUGUAAUUACGAAUGAAAAUCAUGAAAAAAAACAGUCUGUUACGAGUUUAGAAGUUACAAAAAAAGGAAAAUCGGGAUCGGUCUUCUUGAAGAGAGGAUGUGGAAUAUUUUCCCAGCUCUUCGGUUGGAGUCAGCAGCGACACAUAUACCGACCCUGGCAUCUUCAGCUUACAUGUUUUAUUCCAUUUACACUUGCUUUGGUGUUGACUCUAUUCUUGAUCGUGCCCAUUGUUUUUUACUCAGCUUGAGCUUCUAGUCCAUUGUACACGCAACAUUUUCGAUCGUAACAGGUGUUGAACAGGCGUUUGGGAAAUGAUAACAUAACACAUUCAUGUUCUUCUGAGCUCUUCCGUGCCAUGCCUAACCUCAAAAUUCAUGAAAAUAAGGUAUGUAUUCAUUAUUGUUGUGGCUGUAAAGUGCAAAUGUCUGGAUGAAUUGUUAAAUAUUACAUAGAACUUGCCAAUGUAAAUAAGGAUUCAGGCUUUAUGCAAUUAUUUAUUUUGCCACCUCCCUAAUACAUAAAUAUGUGUUGAUUUUCUC